CUUCCUUCACGUGGUCUCGGCUUAAACUCCCGCCAGGAGCAGUAAUUUGUCAACAGUGUCGUUUAGCCUCUCCGAGGCUGCUGCUACCGACUGCUACGCCCCGUGUUUGCGUGCGGUCUGCUGUGGUUUCCCCCAGAAUGGCGACUCACCAGCAGGACUCGGAGGUGGACGGUGUUCAGGUCAGCGAGGAGGAGCUGGAGCGGGCUUUGUGUGUUCUGGCUGGAAGCGACGCCGAAAACUGCUCCUAUUCUCGGGGUUAUGUGAAGAGGCAGGCUGUGUUUGCCUGCAUCACUUGCACCCCCAAUACUGCAGAGCCUGCAGGGGUUUGCCUGGCUUGUGCCAAUAAAUGCCACGAAGGGCACGACAUCUUUGAGCUGUACACCAAAAGAAAUUUUCGCUGUGAUUGUGGAAAUGGCAAGUUUGGUGAUUUCCAGUGCCACCUCACUCCUGUUAGAGAUGAGGAGAACAUCAAGAAUCACUACAACCACAACUUCAGCGGUUGCUACUGCACAUGUGACCGCCCUUACCCAGACACAGAAAACCAGGAUGAUGAUGAGAUGAUCCAGUGCAUCAUCUGUGAGGACUGGCUUCACAGCAAACAUUUAGGCUGCACCAUGGCUGAACCAGAGGAGCUGCAAGAGAUGAUCUGUGAAGCUUGCAUGAACAAAGCUCCUUUCCUGUGGACAUAUGCUGCUCAUUUUGCAGUACCACCUGUGAUCAACAUCAGAGUGGGGGAAGAGGAUGUAGAUGUCAAUAUCGAGGAGGAAAACAGCAACCAACUCCCAGAAAGGGAUGAGGAACCAUCCACCAGUCACAGUGAAAUGCAUACAAAGGAUGACACCAGAAGCACGUCUUGCAAACGAACGCACGAGGACACGUUGAGCAGCUCUUCAAAGGCCUUGAAGAAGAGUGCAGAGUGCAGGUUGAAGGAGCUGCAGGGGUUAGACAGGCUGAGACAAGGAGCUGUUUUCUGGCCUUAUGGUUGGCGCUCAGAGCUCUGCACCUGCACCAGCUGCAAGAGGACUUACGUGGCUGCAGAAGUGCAGUUUCUCAUGGAUCAGUCGGACACCAUUUUGGCUUACGAGAAGAAAGGAUUGGAGGAGCCGUUUGGGCAGCACCCACUGAUGACGCUGAUGAGCUCGAUGGACCGCGUGCAACAGCUGGAGGUUGUUUAUGGUAUCAACGGGCUGAUAUCUGCGGUUGGAGAAUUUUUCAGUCGAUGUGUUUCUGAAGGAAAGACCGUCACAGCUGAAGACGUGCACGAGUUCUUCAAGGAGCUGCAAGAAAGAAAGAAACGCAGAACGAAUCCAGGAAACCAGUAGCAACGUCCCUCUGCCGCCAUCAUAUGCUGCUUUAGAGAAUGUUUCAAUUUAAAUGUCAGUUUUCUCUUAAAUAUUUGCUUUAAUGUGAACAUCUCUACCUUUAGUCGAGAUUUAGGAUUUUAACAUCAUGCCUUACUCUGGAGAUCCAGAUGUUGCACACGGAUGCAUUUGAUUAGUUUUUCUGAUUUUUGUAUUAGCCAGGAUUUUACUUGAACAUGUUUGCAAAUAAAAAUGUACAGAAUGCUUA